AUAUCAGAAAAGAAAAAAAUAAAGGGUCCUAAAGUAUAUAAUUAAUUAAAAUUCAUGUCCCCACUAUAUUAUGCCAAUAGAAAAGCCGUUGAAUAAUGUGUGCUGUGCGUGCACAUGCAUUUUUCAUAGGAUUGACACGUGGAAUCCAAGGCUAAAGAGCUAGGCUGUCAAAGGGUCAACAACUAAAUCAUGGUUGAGUCUUUUAAUUGAAGUAUAAAUUAUUGCCUGCACAGGGCCCCUCCCUCCUCUACAGCCGCCUCAUGUCCUCAUUUUUGCGAUUCUCGUCUCUCCUUUAGUCCUCUACAGCCGCCUCUUUUUUGGUCGCACAUUUAUUAUAUGCCUCAAAAAUUCAAAAUAGUUUAGUUGUAACAACUCCAUUUUAAUUUUCCAACUAUGCUAUACGUUUUGUCGGCAUCGUGGUCUUGACAAUCAUACUUGUGCAUUAAGAUUUAAGAUCCCUUCUUCUUCUUCUUCUUGGGUGAGAAUUAAUUUCCACGAUUAAUUGCAUGUUCCAGAGGCGCCGACGUUCUAUUGGCAUUAAACAAUUCUCUCACCAAUUUGAAAUGUUUGAAUUAUUGACUUUUGGAUUCUCUGACCUUUUAUACCAUGUCUGCUGCUCUCCACCCCACAAAACUUUUUUUUCUUUCUUCUGUACUCUCUCAUCUCUUCCCCAACCUGAGAAUCAAUGGCUUCCCCUUUCCCCAUCAAAACCGUCGUCGUUUUGGUCCAAGAGAACCGCUCAUUCGACCACAUGCUUGGGUGGAUGAAGUCCCUCAACCCUGAAAUCGACGGCGUCACCGGGGCCGAGUCCAACCCCAUCUCCACCUCCGAUCCAAAUUCCCCAGUCGUCCACUUCACAGACGACGCUGGCUACGUGGACCCAGACCCAGGCCACUCCUUUGAGGCCAUCUACGAGCAAGUCUUCGGCCGCCCAUGGACCGCGGACUCCGCAGCCUCGUCGGAGCCUCUCCGUCCGACGAUGGAUGGCUUUGCUCAGCAAGCGGAGGCCAAGGAGAAGGGGCUGUCGAAGACGGUGAUGAAGGGGCUCAAACCGGAGGCGCUGCCGGUGUUCAAUGAGUUGGUGGCAGAGUUUGGGGUUUGUGACCGGUGGUUCGCGUCGUUGCCGGCGGAGACGCAGCCGAAUAGGUUGUACGUGCACUCAGCGACGUCGUAUGGAGCAACCGGCAAUAAUACGGAAAUGCUGGCUAAGGGGUACCCUCAGAAGACCAUAUUCGAAUCCUUGGAGGAGAGCGGCUUCUCUUUUGGUAUUUACUAUCAAUACCCUCCCUCCACACUCUUCUACAGGAACCUCAGGAAGUUGAAAUACAUUGAUAACUUCCACCAGUUUGAUUUAGAUUUCAAGAGGCACUGCGAGGAGGGGAAGCUUCCGAACUAUGUCGUGAUCGAACAACGCUAUUUCGACACCAAGCUCUUGCCUGCGAACGAUGAUCACCCCUCCCAUGAUGUUUCCCAGGGACAAAAGUUUGUCAAGCAUGUUUAUGAGGCACUGAGAGCGAGUCCCCAGUGGAACGACAUUUUGUUCGUGAUUAUAUAUGAUGAACAUGGUGGCUUUUACGAUCACGUGCCCACCCCCGUCACCGGUGUCCCCAGCCCAGAUGAUAUUGUUGGUCCAGAGCCGUAUAACUUCAGGUUUGACAGGCUCGGGGUCAGAGUUCCGGCCAUCCUCAUCUCUCCAUGGAUCGAGCGUGGAACAGUGUUGCAUGGACCUUCAGGGCCAUAUCCAACCUCGGAGUUCGAGCACUCGUCCAUUCCGGCAACUGUUAAAAAGCUUUUCAACCUGAAAGAAUUCCUAACCAAGCGCGACGCUUGGGCAGGCACUUUUGAGUGUGUCUUGACUAGAGAAACCCCCAGAACAGAUUGUCCAGUUACUUUGCCGGAGCCAGUGAAACUACGGGAGACGGAAGCAAAAGAUGAGGCGGAGCUGAGUGAGUUUCAACAAGAAUUGGUGCAGAUGGCAGCGGCAUUGAAGGGGGACCAUAGAAAGGACAUUUAUCCACACAAACUGGUCCAGGACAUGAAUGUUUCAGACGCCACCAAGUAUGUGAACAACGCAUUCAACCAGUUCUUGGAUGAAUGCCAAAAGGCCAAGACAAGUGGAACCCAUGACAGCUCCGACAUUGUACUCUGUCCACAAACACCACCAAAACGGGCGUCCUCCAAGUCCUUUGCUCACAAGCUAUUUUCUUGUUUGAUUUGCGAUCAUUGAGAAAAAUUCUAAGUUGCGUGCCCCCCCUGAUUCUCUCUUUGAAAUCUGCCUUCACCUUCCAUUAGAGGCUUUGAAACUCGUUUCUGUUCUUUUUAUGCAUAUGGUGCCCAUCUCCAAGACAAUACUAUAAUUUAUUGCAUUGAUUUUAAGCCAUCCCUGCAAAGUAAUUUGUUGGGUUAAUUUGAAUUCCUCAAUUUACUUCCA